AUGGCACUCAAUCCACGCAGCCCCUCCAAACACAACCAAAUGAUCACACGCUUCAUCAAGCAGUCAAAGCCCACAAAGCUCAAUGACGUCAAAGAACCACCGGCGAAGAGGCAGAAACUCGACGACUCGCCCUCGAAGAGGCGAAGCCCACGUAAAGCUGCGAAAUAUGCAAACCGCGAGAUACCAGACUCAGAUGUCGAAGAUGGUGACGAACCGAUAGAGGAAGUCAGUGAGCCACAGAAGACGGAUCUAGAAAGUGCAUUACCGCCGGUCAAGAGUGAUGAAGAAGCGAUUGCAGAGUAUGAGGCCUUCAAAGCAGCACAAGAAGAUACAAAAGAAGAGACCGAGGAGCGACUGAAAGAUCGAAAUUGGGUGCGAGGGAAGAGCUCAAUAUACGUGGAUGCCUUCAACUUGGCAUUGGAUACGGUACUUGACGAGGAGAGCCACCUGUUCGAUGAGGCUGAGAUGGAAGUAUUCAGGGUCUGGAGAGGUCUGAACUACGAAGCUCAGUACUUAUAUGUGCGCUUCUUUCUACGCAAGACGUCGGCGUGGCAUCGUAUAAAGAACAUUGGCUACCACAGCGAUAUUUCGAAUCUCGACACUGCGAUCGAAACACUACAACGAACACUCGACCUUCCUGCGACCUCCGCACCGGUAGAAAUGCACCCUGGCGAGUGGGAACCACCAGAAGGCACAACGCUGGCGUCUUCGUUCACGUUCGCGGAUCGAUCCGAAGAACAGAUCACAACACUUGAGCAGGCGUCAUCGCUGUUGAAGUUGGACGAGCUCAAAGCGCUUGCAAAGGAAGCAAAGGUGCAAGGCAGAAACAAGAAAGAGCUGGUCAACGCCCUGCGACGAACAAGCCGGCGGCAAGUGGGUCUAGGCUUCGUCGGCUUGAAGCGUUCGGAUACGGAAAGCUCACGGCGAUCAUCUGCGUCUGGGUUGGAGACACCGGAUAGCGAGCCAUUAGAGGAUCUAUCGUCUGAUGCAAAUCGGGACGCACACUUCACUCGCAAAAUCAUGAAUGAGAUGGGUCCCUGCAUCCGCCUUUCACUUGCACCACUCAAACUCUUCGAGCGUGUUCACCUGGUCUUCUACCGCUCGACCGAGUGGACAGAAAAAUCGCUAACGACCAUCAUCUUAGCGAAAAUUGCGCGUCGUAACUUCCCGGAGUAUAUCGUCUCCCGCUCGGCCAACAUCUUCUCCUCGCGUUCUUCGCUUCUCGAAUUCGAAGCGUCAAUACGGACACAGUUCCGCGUCGAAAACAUAUUGGAAUACAAUGGUAGAGUGACUGCAGCCGGCUAUCAGGAGAUCAUUGACGUCUUCGACGAGGUAUAUCCGCGUUGGAAAGUUCUCCUGGAAGAAGAGCAACGCAAAGAGGACAGCAUUUAUCACAGCGGUGAAGGCGCCUAUCUGCGUCGGCUUUCUCCUGCAUGGGUAUACACACGCAUUAUUCAUAAGGCUUUAGCGGUCAUCGCUCGGCGAAAGGAACACAAGCGUGAGCACCAGUUGAUCACAGAACUUUUACAACAACGCCUCUUCCACCACUCUCGGCGAGGAGCGUGGCACCAGCGAAAGGCAUUACUAGAGGAGCACUACCUGGGCGCACUCACCGAUGCGGAAGGUCGCAGCGAUGAUGCGCAGAAGAAACACUGGAAGCGUAUUGCACUCCAGACUUGCGAAGCAGGGUUGCAAGACAACCUCGUGCACAUCAUCUACCACUAUGAUCUGCAGAAACGAAUCACGAAGCUUGAAAAGGGUCUCAAGACAGUCAAAAGAGCGCAACAUGACUUCUCUCACGUGCGUCUGACGAAGCCUAUUGAGGUUACCUUCGAAGGCAUUCGUAUCGAGCGUCAAGUCCCGCUUCUCAGACGGAGUGAUAGCUCUGCUUUUACCAGCUCUGGGAGACGUGGAGCGAAGACAAUAUGGAUCGAUCCACGAGAAGACGGCGAGUGCAGUGUGGAGUCCAUGUGUCUUUCGCAUUACCGCAACCAAGGCUGGAAGGGCUUCCACAGCGAGGGAGGAAUCGUGCGCACGUUGUUCGGAUACCUCUUCUUCGACAUCAUGUUCACCUACAUACCCAAUGUUUUUCAGACGGCGUACCAGACAUGCCCGUUAGAUCUGCACACCGAUGCGUUCUAUCCAUCACGAAUCAGUGAGGUCAACACCCGACUGAACGAGAUAUCGAAUGGCGAUGCUCCAACCAUUAUACAAAGCGUUCAUGACGCGCACCAUGAGCGUCGGACUUGUGUCGUAGGUCUUGAUUGGACGUACGACAUUGCAGACCUUGUCGAGAUCGCUAAAUGCUUCGAUGGAGAAGCACUAGCGACUGUAUGCAAGGUUAUGGCGCAGGAGUACGGCCAGCGAGGUGGCGGUGUACCUGAUCUCUUCCUUUGGAAAGUAGCAGCUGAAGAGGAAGGUAAGAGCAAGAAAGGCGAGGUAAAAUUCGCAGAAGUCAAAAGUGAGAACGAUCGCUUGAGUGACACGCAGAGGCUCUGGAUACAUGUCUUGUCUGGAGCAGGAGUGCAGGUUGAGCUGUGCGCCGCUGUUGCCAAAGAGGUACGCGCCAUUUGA